AAACUCUAUCCAUCUCUUCUUCCUCUUGUUGGCCUGUGUCUUCUUCUCCUCUUUUGGUCAGAUACGCCAAAAGACAUAAUUGAAUGAUAGCGGUCGGGUCAUCUCAAACAAACAGCCUGCUAAUCCUUACUUCACUGGAACCCCUUAAUAAUUAGGUUGUUAUUAUUAAUUAAUUAAUUAAUUAAUUAUAAGAUAAGUCAUUCCUCUUCGUCUUCCCCAUUCUUCUUCCCGAUGAUUGCAGUCCGCUGUUUGAGCUCGAAGAACGAUCGUCCCCGUCCAAUCGGCAGCUUCACAGAGGAGGAAUAAGGACGACCAUUCGAUGCAGUGAAAGUGGGAGAGGAAAGGCUGUCUGGCUACCGUCAAAUUCAUGGCUGAGCUCCGUAAGCGCAUUUGCUGAGUUCUGUGAUUGGCAAUUUGGUCAUUCAUGUGGCCUCUGUAUCUGUUGUUGAACAAGAUUCUAAAGCCAGAGGAAGAAGGAGGAGAGGUGGAGAGAGACCGUCUGCUUGGAUCCUUAGUAGGAGAUGAUUUGGAUUUAGUUCAACCCGUCGUGGCAUACGGGAAUUUGUCCCUUGACGGAAAAUGCCGUGCUUCAGUUGGGCCUCGGGCUCAUUUCAUAGAUGUUCCUCACAUAAAUCAGCUUUGUUCCUGGGAUUGUGGGCUUGCUUGUAUUUUGAUGGUUUUCAGAAAUAUGGGCAUCGACAAUUGCAAUAUUGAGACGCUGGCAGAACUAUGCUCCACGAAAAGCAUAUGGACCGUUGAUCUGGCAUAUCUACUGAAGAAGUUCUCUGUUAAUUUUUCCUACUACACCAUAACUGUCGGAGCAAAUCCAAACUAUUCUGAUGAGACAUUUUACAAGGAACAACUGUCUACAGAUGUAGUGCGAGUAGAAAAACUAUUUCGUGAAGCGCUGGCCUCAGGAAUAUCUAUAUUGUGCAGGUCAAUCAGUGAGGAAGAAAUUUCCCUUUCGAUAUUGUCUGGAAAAUAUAUAGCAAUUGCAUUGGUCGAUCAGUACAAAUUAAGCAGCCGGACUUGGCUCAAGGAUAUUGGUCUCUCCAGCUUCGGCAACGGCAAUGAAGGCUACACUGGUCACUAUAUUGUAAUAUGUGGCUAUGACACUGACAAAGAUGAGUUCGAGAUUAGAGAUCCUGCCAGUUCUAGGAAGCAUGAGAAGGUUUCAUCGAAAUACCUAGGAGAAGCCCGCAAAUCCUUUGGCACCGACGAGGAUCUUCUUUUGAUAUCUUUGGAUAACGGCAAGAAUGGGGUCUGCUGUUCAUCCCUACAGAUUUCUCCACUUGUGAAAUAUCAAACCAUGAUGCCGGAGUAAGACGUGGUUAUUCAGUAUAUUUGCGCAUAGCUAAGGGAAGCUCUGUUGUGCGUCUGUACAGAACAGUAGUUUACGGAGGCAAAUAAGGCUCGCUGUACAGCAAAUAUGAUCUGCUCUCUUCAAUUCAUAUUUGUAUAUUAUGUACAUUUGAAUGAUUGAUUCCUUCCGUAAAGACAUCGAUUCAAAUAAACUCCUGCUCAAUUACGUAUCCUCAAACAA